AUGGAGCUUUCUUACCAGACCAUAAAAGUCACGCAUCAGGCACGGGAAGCGUGCAAGAUGAGGACAGAAGCACGACGAAAAAAUCUUCUUAUUUUGAUUUUGCAUCAUUUAACACAGGAAGGAUAUAUCGAUACAGCUAAUGCUUUGGAGCAAGAAACUCAACUGGGGUUACGACGCUUUGAAGUUUGCGACAACGUUGACCUUGAAACUAUUUUGAUGGACUAUGAGAGCUAUUAUUUUAUAAAAUUUCAGAAAUACCCCAAAAUUAUCAAAAAGGCACCAGACACAGCAGAAAGUAACUUACCACCAAGAAGUGGAGGGAAGGCCAGAAGGGUGAUGAAUGACAGUUGUCAAAAUCUUCCCAUGAUCAGUCAGCUGAGGCCACGGUCCAAAACCACGGUGGGGAAGCCAGGGGAGGCCAAACCCCUGUAUAAGGAACAUCCUAAACAGGAGGUUGUCAAUAACCCUGGCAUGGAGAGAGCCGACUUUGGCUUAACUAUAUCAGGAAUCAACAGAGGCCGUGGAGGAGAAAAUGUCCAUCCACAAAGAGGCCAAAUCAUUGACUUCCGAGGGCUGCUCACAGACGCUAUCAAAGGAGCAACCAGCGAACUUGGCUCGAAUAGCUUUGAGUGUAACCCAGACCCUGCAGAACGACUGCUGAAACCUCUGAGUGCAUUUAUUGGCAUGAACAGUGAGAUGCGAGAACUGGCAGCUGUGGUGAGCCGGGACAUUUAUCUCCAUAAUCCAAACAUAAAGUGGGAUGACAUUAUUGGACUCGAUGCAGCCAAGCAGUUAGUCAAAGAAGCUGUGGUGUAUCCUAUAAAGUACCCACAGCUGUUUACAGGAAUUCUCUCUCCCUGGAAAGGACUACUGCUCUAUGGCCCUCCAGGAACAGGAAAGACUUUACUGGCCAAAGCUGUGGCCACGGAAUGUAAAACAACCUUCUUUAACAUUUCUGCAUCUACCAUUGUCAGCAAAUGGAGAGGAGAUUCAGAAAAACUUGUUCGGGUGUUAUUUGAACUUGCUCGCUACCAUGCCCCCUCCACCAUCUUCCUGGACGAGCUGGAGUCGGUGAUGAGUCAGAGAGGCACGGCUCCCGGGGGAGAGCACGAAGGAAGCCUUCGGAUGAAGACAGAGCUGCUGGUGCAGAUGGAUGGGCUGGCUCGCUCGGAAGAUCUCGUGUUUGUCUUAGCCGCUUCCAACCUGCCCUGGGAACUGGACUGUGCCAUGUUACGCCGCCUGGAGAAGAGGAUUCUGGUUGACCUCCCCAGCCAGGAGGCCAGGAAAGCCAUGAUCCACCACUGGCUGCCCCCUGUGAGCAAGAGCAGAGCGCUGGAGCUGCACACAGAGCUGGAGUACGGCACGCUGAGCCAGGAGACUGAGGGCUACUCAGGCUCAGACAUUAAGCUGGUCUGCAGGGAAGCAGCUAUGCGGCCUGUGAGGAAGAUCUUCAAUGCACUUGAAGAUCACCAGUCAGAGAGUAGCGAUUUACCUGGGAUCCAGCUGGGCACAGUGACCACUGCUGACUUUUUGGAUGUGUUAGCUCACACCAAGCCUUCAGCAAAGAAUCUGACUCAGAGAUACUCAGCCUGGCAAAGUGAGUUUGAAUCUGUUUGAAAUCACAUUGACCCUGA